CUCUCGACACUGUCAUGUAGGGGGCCGGCGUCCAGUUGUUGGCCACUGUUUGUAAACAUCGGAAUUAGCCGAUCGUGAGAGGAGAGCAUUGGAGCUAACUGGUGGCAAGGCACCACGAAGAUCACGCAGCGGUUUUCUUAAGAAGUUAAAUCUGGAAGCCGCAUUCAUAGUAUUCCUUUUCGUACGUCCGUAUCCUUUAACUUCUCGGGAAUAAAAACAAAGCCAGGUAAAGGAACAUGACCUGCUGUGGUGGUAGUGAUGAUGAAGUCAACACUAGGACUACAGUACCAACAAGAAAAGAAGGCUGUACAGACAUGCUAUGGCUCGCUGUGUAUGUUGCCUUUUGGUUUAUUCUGGUGUUCAUAGCUGCGUUUGCUAUUGUCUAUGGCAACCCUCUGAGAUUAGUAAAUGGAUAUGACAGCUUUGGAAACACCUGUGGGUCUCGGAACAAUGAGAAAAUUGGAAAUCUCUCACUUUCAGGUCUGGACACAACUAACAAAAGGUUUUUGUUUUAUUUGAACAUGAAGGAUAUCAAGCAUUCAUUGAAAGUAUGUGUUGAAAAAUGCCCUGAUCGCAAUUUGGAAACUCAGAAUGAUAUUAAGGAUUUCUACAUCAAGACUGGCUCUCUGUUGUGCAGGUAUGAUUUUAAAUUUAAUGGCUGGACUGGUCCAAAUGAUCCUGCUUUAGGGCAGAUAGAUCUUGAGAAGCAUAUUAACUCCCAUUUAGGACCAUGCCCACCUCUACCUGUGUACGCCAGUGAUCCUGUUUUAAAUAGAUGUAUACCUCGCCCAGUAAAAGACAUACUUGUGCAAAUCAUCAGCAGUCUUUAUGAUGUAUUAAACAGCUGGGAUGCAGUAGAAAAGGUGUUGGGUGAUUUGUACAUGACAUGGAGAGAGAUACUUGCACUUUCAUUUCUUGCUUUUGUUCUGUCACUGAUAAUGGUGUCUUUCCUCCAUCUGCUUGCAUCAAUCGUUGCCUGGAUAUUCAUGAUCUUUGUUAGUAUUGCUUCAGUUGGUGGCACUUGCUUCUUGUGGUACACAUAUGCUCGAAUCCGUAAAGAACUUAAUGCAACACCUGCAAAUCAAAUUCUUGAGGAAUCUGUUCAGAAUGAGAGUGCAUUUCUUGCAUAUUCAAUCAUUGCCACAAUUAUAACAGUUAUUUUGCUGCUUUUAGUAUGUGCUCUAACAAAGAGAAUACAGUUUUUGGCCGAUUUAUUUGAAGAGUCGGCACAUUGUUUGCAGAGUAUUCCAGGAUUGUUUCUACAGCCAUUUAUAACAUUCAUUGCACUGUUAGCAUUUUUUGCAUUUUGGGUUACAGUUAUUGUUUGCUUGGCAACAUCAAGCUAUCCUGGAGUAAAGCCAUUUCUGCCAUUUGCUAGUUUUACUGAUGAGAGUGUGGUGAAGAACAAUGAUGCAGAGACAACAACAUUAAAACCACGGAAUAAUAUCUCUUUGGCUGGCUUUAAACAAUUUACUUGGGUGGAGUUUGUUGAUCCAAUGUGGGUACGAUAUUUCUGGUGGAUUUACCUUAUUGCUCUUGUCUGGGUUCCUGAAUUCAUUUUGGCUUGCCAACAAAUGGUCAUUGCUGGUGCAGUAUCACAGUGGUAUUUUAACAGACGUUCAUCAAGAGAUAUUACCCCCGUGAGAACAGCUAUGGAGCGACUUGUUUGCCAACAUUUGGGAUCAGUUGCUAAAGGUUCAUUGCUUAUAACAAUCUUCAAGCUUCCACGUCUCAUACUGAUGUAUCUACAUGCUAAGUUGCAUGCUAACAAGGAAACAUCUAGUGUCGCCCGUUGUUGUCUGAAGUGCUGUAUAUGCUGCUUGUACUGCUUCGAAAAUUGCAUAAGGUUCCUGAACCAGAAUGCUUAUACUGUGGUGGCGAUGGAAGGAGUUAAUUUCUGUGAUGGUGCUCGCAUAGCAUUUACAACACUUGGGAGUAAUGCUCUGAGACUAGUUACUAUAAACAGUGUUGGUGAUUUUAUCCUGUUCUUGGGAAAAUGCUUUGUUACUGCUGUAACAGGAUCUGUUGGUUUGGUUUUCCUGCAGAACAAUGGAAACCUACAUUUCUAUGCUAUACCAACACUGGUUGUAUGCAUAUUUGCCUUCUUUAUAUCACAUUGUGUCCUUUCAUUAUAUGAGGUUGUGAUAGACACUAUGUUCCUUUGUGUUUGUGAGGAUGAGAGGAUAAAUCCUGAAGGUGGCCACUGGCAAACAUCAAGUAUUGCCAGAAGAGAAACUCGUGGAACUGAAUUGCAGCCAAUGGCAACACAAUAAAAGCAUUAAUUGAUUCAUUUUUGUCCUAUAAGAGGAAGGAGAGGAUCUGAACAACUUAAUUUUGAGUUACUGUCCUCAAGAACUUUUUGCUGUAGCAAUAAUCCAAUUAUAUAUUAUUGUGCGUUCACCUUUUUACAGGCAGCAAAUGACUUUUUUAUGGUUUAUUGUUAGAGAUGGAGAAAACCUUUUAGGUUGUUGUUAUUUAGUGAUAAAAUUAUCACCGUUUUGUAUAUUGUUGCAACAAAGAUAUUUUUAUGGAAUUAAUGUUUGUGUUGGCAUAUGGGGGGGAUAACAAAUGCUUUAAAGUGCUAUAAAUCAUUCAGAGCUCGUGUAAUAAAUAAUUUUUACUUUUUGUGGAAGGUCUGAAUUACUUUAAUAAUUGUUAUAAAAGAAGAGCAUCCAUAAGCCAAUAUCAGGAAACAAAGGACAGCUUCUUACUGUGUGUAAGGGUCACAAUGUAAUUAAAUAAAAACAGAUGUAAAUGCUGAAUCUUGAAGUUGUGGAGAUACAAAUGCUUAAUUUAGUAAUGAAGGUCACUGAAUGUUAAAGUUGCCAAAACCCAUACUCAGUGAACACAUUAACAGACAAGAGUGCAUACAGAAUGCAAAUAAUGACAGCAGGAAAGCAAGAGAAAAUCCUGGGGAAAACAUCAGACAGCAAAUCAGAAAUCUAGAAUCUCAUCUGUUGUCAUAUAUAGUCACGUUUUUGCUCUAUUUAUUGUUCCUUCCCAUGCUGCACUUUUCUAUUAUUUUCUUCAUACCUUCUGAAGGAACAGUUUCCAAUUUCAAAACUUCAAGAUUCAGUGCUUAUGCAGAAGAAUAAGGCCUCAUUGUGGUAUUUUAUCCUCUUGAUUAUUGAAGCAUUCCUUGAACAAAUACCAUAAUAGCACAAGAAGAAAAAAACAUGGUUUCUAUUCUGAUGAACUUCAUUUUUUUAGUUUUUUAGUUGGUCAUUUGUGCAAAUGUUAUGAUCUCAAGGUGAAUUAAUGCUUGGAUUAUUUUCUAGUGAGAUACAUGUCCGGGUAAAUAUUCCUGGAACGGUAGGAGCAAAAUAUAUGUAGUUUAAAAAUUCAAACUGAUGAGCCAGCACAUUUAUAAAACUGUGGAAACAGCGCUCACCAAUACUGUGUAAGAGUUAGAUAGCGAGUUCUGAAACUCCAACAGAAGUUGUGAAAUAGCUGUAGUCAUCAUUUCAGAGCCAGUCACAACAAUGACAAAAAAGAAGCAAGUGUUGUAGAAAAAACAUUUGUGCAAAGAUCAGCAUCACAGCUUUUAAUAUGUUGUCUAACAUGAAUAUUCAUGUCUUAUAAGCAAGAGUGUAAGAUAUUUAUUGUACUUUAAUGUUUAUUGCACAUACAGACUUGCUACUCUCGGGUACACUUGGCAUAAAACAAACUUUUAUAUUCAAGGAAACUGGCAAAAAUUUUAAAAAAUGCCAAGCUUUGAUGCAGCAUGUGUUCAGUAGUUUAUAAUGAGACUCACUAUUUACAUAACAAAUGUGCCUUGCACUCAGUCAUUUUAGGCCCAUAAUUUCAUUUGUAUCUGACUGAAAAAAAUCCUUUCAUAUUUCGUUUUUUAAUGAUUUUUUUCUGAUGGUCGCACUAAAGAGUUGUUUGUGUCAUCUGUUCAUGACAAAUCUUUACUGUUCAUGUUAGUUAACAUAGAUACAGUAUGGCUAACGAGCUACUCAUCUUUCCUUCACAACUUACAAUUUACUUUAUCAUAUUUUUUUCAUUUUUCCUGUACAAUCUACUGCCUGCAGUGCUAAAGUAAAA